AAUAUGACGAAACAGUGAAAAGCGCAACAACUUACAAAACUGCUCAGAAUUCUGCUUGCUCUGAAAACUCUUCGAAGCACUACUCUACUCGAAGACGUAGUGAGACAAGAGAGAGAAACGAUGCCGGACGAGACAACGGCGAUAGAUUACGUGAUGGAGGCAGCGUCGGGGCCUCACUUCUCUGGUCUACACCUCGACGGCCUUCGCUCAGCUUCUUCAUCUCCUCGCUCUGCGGUUCCAACUCCUACUUCAACCCUAGCGGACUCCAACGGCCUUAAACAGCCCUUUGUGAUCGGGGUUUCGGGUGGUACGGCUUCGGGUAAGACAACUGUGUGUGACAUGAUCAUUCAACAGCUUCAUGAUCAUCGAAUUGUGCUUGUCAAUCAGGAUUCAUUUUAUCGUGGCUUGACUCCUGAAGAAUCAUUACGGGUCCAUGAGUAUAAUUUUGAUCAUCCUGAUGCUUUUGACACUGAGCAGCUUCUAGAGUGCAUUGAAAACCUCAAACGUGGGCACUCUGUCCAUGUUCCAAUUUAUGAUUUUAAAAACCAUCGCAGGUGUUCAGAAAGCUUCCGGCAGGUAAAUGCAUCUGAUGUUAUUAUUCUAGAGGGAAUCCUGGUUUUCCAUGACCAACGAGUCCGCAGCUUGAUGAAUAUGAAGAUUUUCGUAGACACAGAUGCUGAUGUGCGGCUUGCUCGUCGAAUAAGGCGUGACACAGUUGAAAGGGGUAGGGACAUAAACUCAGUUCUUGAACAGUAUGCAAAGUUUGUCAAGCCUGCUUUUGAUGAUUUUGUUCUUCCAUCAAAGAAGUAUGCUGAUGUUAUCAUCCCCCGGGGAGGUGAUAAUCAUGUGGCCAUUGAUCUGAUUGUCCAACAUAUUCAUACAAAGCUCGGUCAGCAUGACCUUUGCAAAAUAUAUCCGAAUGUGUAUGUUAUUCAGUCGACAUUCCAGAUUAGAGGUAUGCAUACGCUAAUUCGAGACCGAGAUAUAUCGAAGCAUGAUUUUGUUUUCUAUUCAGAUCGGCUUAUUCGUCUGGUUGUGGAACAUGGCCUUGGCCAUUUGCCUUUCACUGAGAAGCAAGUGGUCACUCCAACAGGAUCAAUCUAUACAGGGGUUGACUUUUGCAAGAAAUUGUGUGGAGUUUCCAUUGUUCGAAGUGGGGAAAGUAUGGAGAAUGCUUUGCGUGCUUGUUGCAAAGGGAUAAAAAUUGGAAAAAUACUCAUCCACCGGGAUGGUGACAAUGGGAAACAGCUUAUAUAUGAAAAACUCCCCAAAGAUAUAUCAGAAAGACAUGUCCUGCUUCUGGAUCCAGUUCUUGCUACAGGUAAUUCCGCUAACCAGGCAAUUGAACUGCUUAUACAGAAGGGAGUUCCAGAAUACCACAUUUUUUUCCUAAACCUCAUUUCUGUGAGUUAUUCCACUAUGCUGGUUGCAAGUACACACCUUUCCAGUUUAAGAAUUGUAUUAAUGCCAUUAUAUAUAAGUGACUGCUUCUGUUGAUUGUUAUGUUUAGGCCCCAGAGGGAAUCCAUUGUGUUUGUAAACGGUUCCCAUCCUUAAAAAUUGUCACAUCCGAGAUAGAUGUAGCAUUGAAUGAAGAGUUCCGUGUCAUACCAGGCAUGGGAGAGUUUGGUGAUCGUUACUUUGGCACUGAUGAUUGAAAUAUAUUAAAGUUCAUAAUCCAAUUCCUUGUUGGGCAACAGUGAUUUGAACUAGACCAUAUACUGAGGACGAAAAUAGGUCAGCUAAUUGUGUGUAUGAUAGAAUAUUAUCCUUACUACGUAUCCUUUUUUUUAGCUGUUUUUUACUACAUUUCUAGCGAGUGUGAAUAAGAAGGUUCAAAUCGCUGGUAUUUGCAGGUUGUUUCUCGAUAUUUGUAAGACUUGCAUUAUGCUCUGCUUCUCUUUAUAAGUAACAUUACAGUAGCAAAUAAUAGCAUGUUGCUUUGGUA